AUGGCCAUUUCCCAAGUGCGAACUGACUACUUCGUCUGGUGCGAUGACGACUUCAUCUUUUACGAAGAAAGCGACAUGGAAUACAUGGUCGACGUUCUCGACAAAUCAGGCUUCGACAUUGUCGGCGGAGGAGUGGACACGCACGAGCGCAACGCUUGGCAGAGCUCGGAUUUUAUCGAAAUCAAAACGAGUCCGGAGGGGUUUUGCUACAUUCGAAAACCAUUUGCGACGCUGAUGAAGCUUCCUGGUUUUGAGAACUGUUAUGUUGUCGAUAUCGUUUUGAACUUCUUCAUGGCUAGAACAAAUACAGCGGGCACUGUUAGGAUGGAUCCAAAUUUCAAUCGAACAGCGCAUAUGCAAUAUUUUGUCGACAGUUUGGGAAGAUUGAGGGUCGCUUGGUGCGGAAAAGCUUCAAUCCACCAUGUCCGAUACUGUCCAAAAGAUGAGCACUCUGAAGAGCAACUCAAGCUUUACAAUGACAGGCGUAAUGUUGCUGAGGAAGACAAAGGAGCCUUCAAUAAGCAGAUGAACACCUUCUGGUUCUACAGAAAUCAUAUGAAGUGCAAAGCGACCGUCCAUCUCAAAGAACCGACCAGAAAAAAUAAACGCUCAAGUUUUGAAUUUACUGAUUAUAUUUAUUAA